CAGGAGCUGAGCAAAACGGGCAAGGUGGUGUUGAGUCAGAACCAGGUGUUACAGCAUAUGGGUCAGCUGUUUGCUCUUCGUCACCUUAUUAACCUGAGUUCAGACCUGCUAGACAUACCAGACUUCUACUGGGAGCAUGAAGAGCUGGAACAACUUUAUAGAAGGGUGUCAAACCAUCUCAAUGUGUCUAAACGCACUUCAGUAAUGAAUGUGAAAUUAAGCCAUUGUGUGGAGCUGAUGGAGCUGCUUAAAAGUCACUUAAAUGAAGAACAUUCAUCACGUCUUGAGUGGAUCAUCAUUAUUCUUAUCAUGGUUGAAGUUGGCUUUGAACUGCUACACUUCAUGGAGCGUCUUUUCUGAGACGUCUAAGCAAAGGAUAUAGUAUGCAUAGUGUAAAAGCAUUCUUUUAUAAUUUUAAUUGGUGCUUUUAACUCUCAAACCAUUGAAGGGCUUGGGGGAAGUGAAUUAUUAAACACAUAAGCUUUUUUGUAUGUAACUACAGUAAUAAAUUUAAAAUUAUG